AUGGAAAGCAGCCCUUCGCGUCACCUUCCCCGCGCUAUCCGCGGCGCGCGGCUGCUUUCCGCCCGUUGUGCUCUCCGCUUCCCCCGUCCUCCUCCGCUUAACGUCGCCAGCAGCGCGGGUUUGCGCGAGCGCGGCGAACCACAGGAAGCGGAGGGCGGGUGCAAACGUGCGAUGGCGGCGGGUCGUGGAAGCGUCCUGUUUCAACCCCCCUCGAUUGACCACCUGGCGAAGCUUCCCAGGCAAAUGGGAUGGGACGCGGGGAUGGGCGCAAGGGGGAAUGGGCGCAAGGGGGAAUGGGCGCAAGGGGGAAUGGGCGCAAGGGGGAAUGGGCACGAGGGGAGAUGGGUGGAAGGGGGGAUGGACAGCGGAGUGGGAAUGGGCGAAAUAGGAGUUGGUGACAGUCGUGCUGUGCUGGCAGCCCAGGCGGCACUUGCGGGUGCUGCUGCAAUGUCAGCGCAUGGCGAGAAGCAAGGCGGCCUUGAGGAUGCCAUUGUGUUGCCCAGGCAAGCCACUCAGGAGGAGGGCGAGGAGCGGCGAGGCGAGCAGGGGAGGGGAGAGGUGGGGCGAGUAGGUGUGCUCAUGCGCAGCAUGGAUGGCAUGAGCGAUCUCAGUCACAAAUGUGUCCUUUCACCAUCCUCCCAUGCGCGCGCCUCACUUCUGAAGCUCCAAUCGCUCUUUGCUCAUGAACCACCCUCUCUGCCCUCUCUGUCCCCUCCCCAGGUACCGCCAUCCCUUCCGCAACACCAGAGCAGCCUCACCACCCGUGCCUCUGUUUGCCUGCCCGUGUGCUCCACAGUGCAGGGCAAUGCCCUCCAGCUUCACACCCUUGAUCCCUACUUCCUCCCUUCAAUGCUCGAUGCCCCCUGCCUCUUCCACUUCCUCCAGGCUUCUCCCAAGUGUUGCUGGGUCUUCCUCCCAGCCUGGCACACGCCGCUACGGGUACACCCCAUUUCUGUGCUAAUGCUGGCUAUUCAGGCAGCAGGGGGACACGGAAAGGAAUGCGACUCUACUAGAUUGUGA